AUGUUUCAAGAUGGCCAUAAUGGGAGAGGGAUGUUUCAAGAUGGCCACAAUGGAAGGGAGAUGUUUCAAGAUGGCCACAAUGGGAGAGGGAUGUUUCAAGAUGGCCACAAUGGAAGGGAGAUGUUUCAAGAUGGCCAUAAUGGAAGGGAGAUGUUUCAAGAUGGCCAUAAUGGAAGGGAGAUGUUUCAAGAUGGCCAUAAUGGGAGAGGGAUGUUUCAAGAUGGCCAUAAUGGAAGGGAGAUGUUUCAAGAUGGCCACAAUGGAAGGGAGAUGUUUCAAGAUGGCCAUAAUGGAAGGGAGAUGUUUCAAGAUGGCCACAAUGGAAAGGAGAUGUUUCAAGAUGGCCACAAUGGGAGAGAGAUGUUUCAAGAUGGCCACAAUGGAAGAGAGAUGUUUCAAGAUGGCCACAAUGGAAGAGAGAUGUUUCAAGAUGGCCACAAUGGAAGAGAGAUGUUUCAAGAUGGCCACAAUGGAAGAGAGAUGUUUCAAGAUGGCCACAAUGGAAGAGAGAUGUUUCAAGAUGGCCACAAUGGGAGAGGGAUGUUUCAAGAUGGCCAUAAUUGGAGAGAGAUGUUUCAAGAUAGCCAUAAUGGGAGAGAGAGAUGUUUCAAGAUAGCCAUAAUGGGAGAGAGAGAUGUUUCAAGAUAG